CUCCGUUCUCCCCUCUCUCCCCUCCUCCCUUCUCCCCUCUCUCCCCUCCUCCGUCUCCCCUCUCUUCUCCCUUCUCACCCUCCCCUCCCGUCUCCCCUCUCCUCCCUCCUCCCCUCUCCCCUCCUCCGUCUCCCUCUCCUUCCUCCCUCCUCCGUCUACCCCUCUCCCCUCCUCCUCUCCCUCCUCCUUCCCCUCCUACGCUCCCUUCCCCCCUUUCUCCCCUCUUCCCCUCCCCCUCUCCCUCUCUCUCCCCUCCCUCCCCUCCCUUCUCCCUUCUUCUCCCCUCCCUCCUCCCCCCCUUCCCCCUCCCCCUCCUCCUUUUCCCCCUCCCCACUCCCCUCCCCUCCCCUCUCCCCUCCUCCCUUCCUCUCCCUCUCUCCCCUCCUCUCCCUCCCCUCCUCCGUCUCCCCUCCUCUCCUUCUCACCCUCCUCCAUCCCCUCUCCCCUCCUCACCCUCUCCCCUCCUCCCGCUCCUCCCCCCCCGUCUCCCUCCUCCCUCUCCCCUCUCCCCCUCCCCCUCCCUCCUCUCCCCCUCCUCCGUCUCCCCCUCUCCCCUCCUCCGUCUCACCUCUCCCCUCCUCACCCCCCUCUCCCUCCCCUCUCUCCACUCCUCACGUCUCCCCCCCCCUCUCCCCUCCUCACUCUCCCCUCUCUCCCCCCCUCCUCCAUCUCCCCUCUCUCCCCUCCUCCAUCUCUCCCCUCUCCCCCCCUCCUCCGUCUCCCCUCUCUUCCCCUCCUCACUCUCCCUUCUCCACCUUUCCCCCUCCUCCCCCCUUCUUCCCCCUCCUCCCCUUCUCCCCUCUCUCCCUCCUCCUUUUCCCUCUCUCUCCCUCCUCCCUUCUCCCCUCUCUCCCCCUCCUCCCUCCCUAUCUCCCCUCCUCUUCUCCCUCCUCCACUCUCCCCCUCUCUCCCCUCCUCCGUCUCCCCUCUCUCCCCCCUCCUCUCCCCCCCUCCCCUCCUCCUCCUCUCCCUCCUCCUUCUCCCCCUCCCAUCUCCCCCCCUCCCCCUCUCCCUCCCCUCCUCCUCUCCCUCCUCCCCUCCCCCGUCUCCCCUCUCCCCUCCCUCCCUCCUCCCGUCUCCCCUCUCCCCUCCUCCUUCUCCCCUUCCUCACGUCUCCCCCUUCUUCUCCCCCUCCCCUCCUUUUCCCCCCUCCUCUCCCCUCCUCGUCUCCCCUCUCUCUCCGGUCAUCUCCCCCUCCCCUCCCUCUCCCUCUCACCCCUCCUCCCUCCCCUUCUCCCCUCCUCCCCUCCCCCUCCCCCUCCUCCCUCUCCCCCUCUCUCCCCUCCUCCCUACCUCCCCCCCUCUCUCCCCUUCCCCCCUUCUCCCCCUUUUUCUCACCUCUCCCCUCUCCCCUCCCCCCUCCUCCCCCUCUCCCUCUCUUCCCCCCCUCCCUUCUCCCCUCUCUCCCCUCCUCCCUUCUCCCCCUCCUCCCCUUCCUUCCCCUCUCUCCCCCCUCCUCCUUCUCCCCUCUCUCGUUCUCCCUCUCUCCCCUCCCCGUCUCCCCCUCCUCUCCCGCCUCCUCCAUCUUCUCCCCUCCUCUCCCCCUCCCCUCCCCUUCCCCCCCCUCCUCCCCGUCUCCCCCUCUCUCCCCCUCCUCCGCCUCUCCCCUCCCCUCUCCCCUCCUCCUUCUCCCCUCCCCCUCUCCCUCCCCCAUCUCCCUCCUCCCUUCUCCCCUCUCCCCUCCUCACCCUCUCUCCCCGAUUCUCCCCCCUCCCCUUUUCCCCUCUCCCCCUCCUCCGCUUCCCCCCUCUCUCCCCCCUCUCUUCCCCCCAGUUCCCCCGGCCCUCUCUCCCCUCCUCCUUCUCCCUCUCUCCCCCUCCUCCUUCUCCCCUCUCCUCCCUCCUCCUUCUCCCCUCCUCCCCAAAACUCCCCUCCUCCCUCUCCCCUCGUCUCCCCCUCCUCCUCCUUCCUCCCCUCUCCCCCUCCCUCUCGUCUCCCCCUCUCUCCUCCUCCUCUCCGUCUCCCCUUCCUUCCAUUCUCCCCUCUCCUCACCCUCCUCCUUUUCCCCUCUCCCUCCUCCGUUCUCCCCUCUCCCUCCAUCCCUCUGCCCCUUUCCCCCUCCUUCCUCUCCCCCCCCUCUCCCCUCCUCCUCUCCCCUCUCUCCCCUCCUCAGGCUUUCCCCCUCUCUCCCAUCCCCUCCCCUCUCCCACUCUCUCCCCUCCCUCCUUCUUUUCCCCUUUUCUCCCGUCCUCCUCCCCUUGUUCCUCCCUCCUCCCUCCCCUCUCCCCUCUUGUCUCCAGCAGUCUCCCUCCUCCUCCUCUUCUCUGCUUCUACCUCCUCUCCUUUCUUCCGCCUUACGGCUCACUUUCCUCCCUCUCCCCCUCCUCCUUGUCUCUCCCUGGGCCCAUUUUUCUACAUUUUGGAACAGGCAGGUCUUAUAAAACCUCUCCCUACUUUCUCCCUCCUUCCCUUCUCCCCUCUUUUGAAAGCAAGUGCUCGUUUUGGGUCUGUCCUCACUUUUUCUUUUUUUCGUCUUGAUCUUAGGCAAACCCCUUCCCUUCUCCCUUCUCUUCCAUCUCCCCUCCUUUUCGUACCGUUUCUGCCUCCUCCCUAUUCUCCCUCCUUUGGCUCAACUCUUUCCCCGCACUCCGAUGCCUCCCUUCUCCCUCCCUCUCACCCUUUGCCCUAAUCCUGGACCCCUUCCUAUUUCUCCCUCCCCUCCCUCUCCCCUCUGUUUUCAUCCCAAUCCCAGUCUCCCUCUCCUCCCUCUCCUCCUCCCCACGCACCGCUCAGUUCCUCCCCUCUUCCUUCGCCCCCAUUCCCCUGCCCUGUUCCCCUCCAAUGGUUUCCUCCUCGGUGAUUUUCGAAGGUAUCAUUUUGUUUGUCAUAUGUAUUCACGCUUGAAAGGUUGAGAAUUCCUAUGUGUUUCCCUAAGUCUGUUGUUUUAUGGCUUGGAAUAAUCGGCCAAAUUUUCGAAAAAAAAAAAAAAAAAAAAAAAAAACUGAUUUUUCGUCUUUUUCUUAUAAGUUUGGGGAACCAUGGGAAUGGGUUUUUGUUUUAUUGAUCCCCGAUUUUUUAUCAGGGGUUUUUUUUUUUAAUCUUUUUUAAAAGGGCCCCCAAUCGUUUUUUGUCUUUUUUUGAAAAUUUUACCACCCCCCCCGGGGGAACUUUUUUUUUUUGUUUUUAAGUUAAAGUCUCCCCUCUCCCCCUCACGUCUCCCCUCUCCCCUCCUCACGUUCCCCUCUCUCCUCCUCACGUCUCCCCUCUCUCCCCUCCUCCAUCAGUGCUCACAGCCACCAGCAGAUGACCACAGCCAUCAAGAGCUCCUCCUACUUCCUGUCUCUACCACCACUUCCUGUUGCGUGUGCCGACCUGGACGGGGACAUCAGCUCCCUGCCAAUCAUCUUCGAGGACAGAUACCUGGACUCCAUCACGGAAGGUCAGCUACACAAUAGAAAUAGAAUGAAAUAGAUUCUGUUUCUAUAUCUGUAUGUGUAACAGGGCAGUCCGUUAGAGAGACAGUUCUGCUAUUUAAAAUCCUACUCUUACACAGGGAUGUGAUCACUUCAAUUUAGAAAGGUCAGGAAAGUAAGUAUUGUUUUGGGGCUAGGUCAUAAUGUAUGUAUAGAGGGUUAUGUUAUAAAAGCAGGAAUUUGGGAUUAAUCAGGGAAAAUCACAUUCACGCUUACACUUUGAAAUAUGAUUCAUACCAUCACAGUAACUUGUUCAUCCAAGUGCCUUGAACAUUUGAAAUAAGACUGGAAAGUGGCUACAGGGAAAUGUGUGUAAUGAAUAUAUUUAGUCUGUUAUGUUUACCGUCUAUAUAUUCUGUCUGUUGAUUCAGUUUACUGUGGCAGCACCAUUUCACCUAAUCAAUUGUGGAUGUUCUCCGUACUCUGGUUUCCCCUGCUUCAGAUCGUGACGGGCCGUGGCUGGGCUUGCAUAACCCCCGGAGUGGCUCCACGUCCUCUGGGAACUCUAAGGCCAGCUCAUCCUCCUCCACUGCAGCUGCCGCAGCCUCCUUCCCCAGCCCCAUCCUGGAGCCUCGGCCCCCAACCAUGAUGGACACAACCUGGCCCGAUGACUGCCCAGACCUGCCCAAGUCCAAAGGUGUGUUGUUGUUAUUCAUAUGAAUAGUUGCUAUCAUAGUUACUACGCUAGACGUUGAUAUUAUAGUUAUUGUGUGUUUUGCCCCCAGUGAGUACUGUCUCGCUUUAUAUGUCUUGGUAAAUAUGUCGGACAAAUCCUUGACAAUGCUUCCUUGAAUAGAGUGGGAACCAUGAUGUUUUAUUGAUCUGUUUUAUCAGUUAAUCUGAAGCACGUUGGGUUUUUGAUAAAACCACUUAGAAAUAAAUCACAUCCUUUUUCUUUGUAUUAAAGGCAAGUCGGUGAAACUGAAGAAGAACACCAAGACUGAGAGGGAGAACGCCAAGAAGCUAAUCAGGCAGGGAUCCAAGGACUCUGUGGUUCUGGUGGGCUAUAAGAACCUGGGGAAGGUUGCUAACUCAGCCAACCCUUCACAGCUAACACACAGAGAAGCUGACCAGGACAGAGAGGCCCAGGGACAGGGAGAGGCUGGCCUGAAGCAGCAGAGGGAGGGAGGAGAGGGAGAGGGGGGAGAGAGAUGCCUUGCUGGGGGUGGGGGUGACUGGGGGAGACUGCAACACUGACCUAAGGACUAGGAUCUCCAAAUCUUUUCCUGAGCCUGGUGCUACAACCACCACAGCCGCUGGACAGGCAAAUGCUGUUCUUCAUUUUGACUCUCUCCUUGAGGAUGACGUCCUAGUGGCUAGCGGCGUGGCUGGUCAGAAAGGUUACUUCACAGCCUUGGUGAGUUUGGACACACCGAACAAGCCGGCCCAGGCUGGUCCUGGAGCUGUAGCUGGAUUAGCCACCACAGAUCAUAACCAAGUAAUGGACAGACAUUCUGUGGUGGACCACUGCAGCCAGACGCUGCCUCAUCACUACACGCCUGGUUCUACCGCUACUGGGCUCAGGCACAUCGAGGUCCAACCCAGUGACAAGGACCCGUACCAGGGGGACAAAGUGACAGUUCUCCUGCCAUGUCGGACGGAUGGGGAUGGGACCUCAAAUAGAGAUAUCCCAGAAAUCACCCAGACAGACCUGUGUAUGUCCGACUCUAAACACCCCGCUAUGGGAGACUUGAGGUCUGAGGUGUCUGGCAGACCUGGGAGUAAAGAGGUAAUGGCAGAGGUUAGUCAGAGGCCAGGUCUGGUGCUUCUACAGCAGGUGAAAGGUGAUUGUGUCAGGCUCCCACCAGACGGGGGUGCUGGAGUCCCCAGUGCCUCCUCCCGCCUCUCCGACUCGGGUAUCGAGAGCGAGCCCAGCUCCUUCGCUACCCAGCUGGCAACCCAGGGUGGGGGCGUAGGGCUGGCUGGGGCCCCUGAGACGGAGUUGGGCCCCCAGCAGACCGAACGGCCCCUACUCAGCCCUGCUCCCCGGUCCGUCCAGCCCACCUCUGUCCACAAGGGCAGCAUGGGGGCUAGAGAGGGCCUCAACCCGGAGAGCACAGUCAGCGCGGUCAGCGGCGUCCAGUCUUCCCUCACCUCCAUCAACUCGUUGCCCUCGGAUGACGAAGGGGAGGGGGGUACGUCUGUGUCCAGGGGCUCCAGCGGGGUAGGAGGAGGGGAGGCCGAGGGGCCAUCAGGGGGAAGGAGGAAGUCCAGUGUUCUGGUACAGGAGCAACAGAGCCUGGUGUUCUCUGGAGAACCACCACCAUCAGUCCCAACACGCUGCUCCGUACCCAGCCAAACACACCCCGACCCUGGGAUGGGUCUCAACACCACUGCUGGUGGGGGUUCUGGUUCUCAAUAUCUGCCUCCUAGGACUUUUUCCUCAACCUCUGAGUCAACACUUAACACUGACCCCAGGUUGUUAACAGGUGCCUCUGAGGGGGCCGUAGGGGGUCCAGGUGCCCCCCGUAGUGAGCCCCAGACAGCCUCCUGCCCCUCCUCUAACUCCACCGCCAGCAGCAGUGACCUGGUCAAGAAGGGACUGGUAGAAAACUACUUUGGCUCGCGCUCCAGCACAGACGUCUCAGAGAUCAGCCCUGUAGAGAUGUCAGCUAUCACCCUGGGGAUACUGUCCGGAGCGGGGCCGGGGCCGCCCGUAGAGGAAGAGGAGGAAGAGGACAGCGAGAUGAUAGAGAACGGCUUCUACGAGGAAGGAGACGGCUUGGCGUUCCUGAACGGGGUCGUUGACGAGGAGGAGGAGGAAGAGGGGGAUGAGGGGGAUGGAGGGGCGGUAGGGAGGAGUCUGUUGUUUGAACAGUUGGGACUGGAGCAUGUUCAAGAGCCAAGGGGUGUUCCUCCAGGCUACGGUGCCCCUGUCUGCUCCCCCCUGGCCCCCAGCUCAGGGAGCUCUUCCCAGGGGAGACCUCCAGUCCCUACCCCCUCCACCACCCUCACCUCCAACAGCCUGCGCUGGUAUGACAGCGCCCCCACACCACAGAUGAAAGCGUGAGUCCACUGUCUAGUUAUCUCAUGUACUACAGUUCACACCUUGCUCAAUCAUUUCAUUUCUGCUUCUUUAAUGGUUUUAUCUUACACCUUAGCUAGAGAAAUGUCGCUCUGUUAACUUUACUGUAUUAGGUUGAUUUGACAGGGACAAUGCACCAUUUGCACAUUAAUGUGGUCCUGUGUGGCUCAGUCUGUAGAAAAUGGCGCUUGCAACGCCAAGGGUCGUAGGUUCAAUUCCCGUUGGGACCACCCAUAUGUAAAAUGUAUGCAUGCAUGACUGUAAGUCAAUUUGGAUAAAAUCAUCUGCUAUAUGGCAUAUACAGUAUACAAAACAUUAGGGACACCUUCCUAAUAUUGAGUUGCACCCCACCUUUUGCCCUUAGAACAGCCUCAAUUUGUCGGGGCAUGGACUCUACAAGGUGUCGAAAGCGUUCCACAGGGAUGCUGGCCCAUGUUGACUCCAGUGUUUCCCACAGUUGUGUCAAGUUGGCUGGAUGUCCUUUGGGUGGUGGACCAAUCUUGAUACACACAGGAAACUGUUGAGCAUGAAAAACCCAGCAGCAUUGCAGUUCUUCACACAAACCAGUGCGCCUGGCACCUACUACCAUACCCCAUUCAAAGGCACUUCAGUCUUUUGUCUUGCCAAUUCACCCUCUGAAUGGCACACAUUCACAAUCCAUGUCUCAAUUGUCUCAAGGCUUAAAAAUCCUUCUUUAACCUGGGAUCAUAGCUUUCACCUGGAUUCACCUGGUCAGUAUGUCAUGGAAAGAGCAGGUGUUCUUAAUGUUUUGUACACUCAGUGUAUGUCAUCAGUGUACAGUAUUAUUAUUAUUAUCAUAAUAGCCUAUUUUAUUAAGCAACAUUUCUGUAUAUGUGCCUGGGCAGGCAAAUAAAUAACAUGUCUCCCUUCCUUAUCCUCAUGGUGUAGUUUUGUUGUGGCCAAAGAGGAGUUGAAGCAGCUGAGACUACCAGGCUUCCUGUAUAGUGAGGUGGGAGACCUGGCCUCCAAUGUUCCUUACUUUAGCCUGGAGGAGGAUGAGAACUCUGACGAGGGUAUCCACCUCAUCGUCUGUGUCCACGGCCUCGAUGGUAACUAGACUUUAUCCAUUUAGUCCCAUAAUUUGUCCAAACUUUUUAUCUGCUCUGUUGUUUGGGCACAGGACAUCUUGUGGUCAAAUAUAUUGAAAACCGACCUGGGUUCAAAUACUAUUGAAGUAAUUUCAAAUACGUUAGCUGGGCUUGAUCGAGUUUACCUUGGCAAUGGAACCAAUCGUAAAGCCCCAUCAGUGGCGUUCCAGACAGGUUAAUGCAUUGCUCAUUGUAUUUGAACGAUUUCAAACGGUAUUUGAACCCAGGUCUAAUGUGAAAUAUCUUGGGUGUUCCUUCAUUCUGCAUCUUCCAGGUAACAGUGCAGACCUGCGUCUGGUGAAGACCUACCUGGAGCUGGGCCUACCUGGAACUAGGAUAGACUUCCUCAUGUCAGAACGCAACCAGGUAACUAACCAUAAUGUACCACACCUAAACCAUCCAACACUACCUCAUUAUGGGACACCUAAACCAUCCAACACUACCUCAUUAUGGGACACCUAAACCAUCCAACACUACCUCAUUAUGGGACACCUAAACCAACCAACACGACCUCAUUAUGGGACACCUAAACCAUCCAACACUACCUCAUUAUGGGACACCUAAACCAACCAACACUACCUCAUUAUGGGACACCUAAACCAUCCAACACUACCUCAUUAUGGGACACCUAAACCAGCCAACACUACCUCAUUAUGGGACACCUAAACCAUCCAACACGACCUCAUUAUGGGACACCUAAACCAACCAACACGACCUCAUUAUGGGACACCUAAACCAACCAACAUGACCUCAUUAUGGGACACCUAAACCAACCACCACUACCUCAUUGUGGGACACCUAAACCAGCCAACACUACCUCAUUAUGGGACACCUAAACCAACCACCACUACCUCAUUAUGAGACACCUAAACCAACCAACACUACCUCAUUAUGGGACACCUAAACCAACCAACACUACCUCAUUAUGGGACACCUAAACCAACCAACCAACACUACCUCAUUAUGGGACACCUAAACCAACCAACACUACUUCAUUAUGGGACACCUAAACCAACCAACCAACACUACCACAUUAUGGGACACCUAAACCAACCAACACUACUUCAUUAUGGGACACCUAAACCAACCAACCAACACUACCACAUUAUGAGACACCUAAACCAAUCAACACUACCUCAUUAUGGGACACCUAAACCAACCAACCAACACUACCUCAUUUUGAGACACCUAAACCAACCAACACUACCUCAUUAUGGGACACCUAAACCAAUCAACACUACCUCAUUAUGGAACACCUAAACCAACCAGCCAACACUACCUCAUUAUGAGACACCUAAACCAACCAACACUACCUCAUUAUGAGACACCUAAACCAACCAACACUACCUCAUUAUGAGACACCUAAACCAAACAACACUACCUCAUUAUGGGACACCUAAACCAACCAACACUACCUCAUUAUGGGACACCUAAACCAACCAACACUACCUCAUUAUGGGACACCUAAACCAACCAACCAACACUACCACAUUAUGAGACACCUAAACCAACCAACACUACUUCAUUAUGGGACACCUAAACCAACCAACCAACACUACCACAUUAUGAGACACCUAAACCGAUCAACACUACCUCAUUAUGGGACACCUAAACCAACCAACCAACACUACCUCAUUUUGAGACACCUAAACCAACCAACACUACCUCAUUAUGGGACACCUAAACCAAACAACACUACCUCAUUAUGGGACACCUAAACCAACCAACACUACCUCAUUAUGGGACACCUAAACCAACCAACCAACACUACCACAUUAUGGGACACCUAAACCAAACAACACUACCUCAUUAUGGGACACCUAAACCAACCAACACUACCUCAUUAUGGGACACCUAAACCAACCAACCAACACUACCAUAUUAUGAGACACCUAAACCAACCAACACUACCUCAUUAUGGGACACCUAAACCAACCAACCAACACUACCACAUUAUGAGACACCUAAACCAACCAACACUACCUCAUUAUGAGACACCUAAACCAACCAACACUACCUCAUCUGCCUCUUCACUUCACAUUGUUAUGGGACAUUAUGUAUGACAAUCAACAAUGGAUGGUUAAUAGGAAUUUGUUUUAAUUUCGUCUCAUGGGUGUGCAGUAUUGUGUCAUUGGAUUGCAGUUUCGUCUGUAUCCUCUUAUGCAAGUGCAGUAAACAAUGCUGUGUCCUUGUCUGUCUGUCGGUCUCUCUGUCUGUAGAACUUUAGGUCUGACUUUUGUUGUGUUACCCACAGAAUGACACGUUUGCUGACUUUGAGCAGAUGACAGACCGGCUGUUGGAUGAAAUAGUUCAGUACAUUCAGAUCUACAACCUCACCGUCUCUAAGAUCAGGUACGUAUGGUUUAUUCAGAUCUACAACCUCACCGUCUCUAAGAUCAGGUACAUAUGGUUUAUUCAGAUCUACAAACUCGCCGUCUCUAAGAUCAGGUACAUAUGGUUUAUUCAGAUCUACAACCUCACAGUCUCUAAGAUCAGGUACAUAUGGUUUAUUCAGAUCUACAACCUCAUAGUCUCUAAGAUCAGGUACAUAUGGUUUAUUCAGAUCUACAACCUCACAGUCUCUAAGAUCAGGUACAUAUGGUUUAUUCAGAUCUACAACCUCACAGUCUCUAAGAUCAGGUACAUAUGGUUUAUUCAGAUCUACAACCUCAUAGUCUCUAAGAUCAGGUACAUAUGGUUUAUUCAGAUCUACAAACUCGCCGUCUCUAAGAUCAAAUCCAAUCCAAUCAAAUGUUAUUCGUUACAUGCGCCGAAUACAACAGUUGUAGACCUUACAGUAAAAUGUUUACUUACAAGCCCUUAACAAACAAUGCAGUUUUAAGACAAAUAAGUGAUAAGUAAAAAAUAAAAUAAUAAAAAUAGAAAAAUAACAUAAUUAAAGAGCAGCAGUAAAAUAACAGUAGCGAGGCUAAAUACAAGGGGUACCGGUACAGAGUCCAUGUGCAAGGGGCACAUUAGUCGAGGUAAAUCAGGUAAUAUGUAGAGGUAAAGUGACUGCAUAGAUAAUAAACAGAGAGUAGCAGCAGCGUAAAAGAGGGGAUCGGGGGUACAAUGCAAAUAGUCCGGGUAGCCAUUUCAUUAGCUGUUCAGGAGUCUUAUGGCUUGGGGGUAGAAGCUGUUAAGAAGCCUUUUGGACCUAGACUUGGCGCUCCGGUACCGCUUGCCGUGUGGUAGCAGAGAGAACAGUCUGACUAGGGUGGCUGGAGUCUUUGACAAUUUUUAGGGCCUUCCUCUGACACCACCUAGUAUAGAGGUCCUGGAUGGCAGGAAGCUUGGCCCCAGUGAUGUACUGGGCCGUACGCACUACCCUCUGUAGUGCCUUGUGGUCGAAGGCCGAGCAGUUGCCAUACCAGGCAGCGAUGCAACCAGUCAGGAUGCUCUCGAUGAUGCAGCUGUAGAACCUUUUGAGGAUCUGAGGACCCAUGCCAAAUCUUUUCAGUCUCCUUAGGGGGAAUAGGCUUUGUCGUGCCCUCUUCACGACUGUCUUGGUGUGUUUGGACCGUGAUAGUUUGUUGGUGAUGUGAACACCAAGGAACUUGAAGCUCUCAACCUGCUCCACUACAGCCCUGUCGAUGAGAAUGGGGGCGUGCUCGGUCCUUCUUUUCCUGUAGUCCACAAUCAUCUCCUUUGUCUUGAUCAUGUUAAGGGAGAGGUUGUUAUCCUGGCACCACACGGCCAGGUCUCUGACCUCUUCCCUAUAGGCUGUCUCAUUGUUGUCGGUGAUCAGGCCUACCACUGUUGUGUCGUCGGCAAACUUAAUGAUGGUGUUGGAUUCGUGCCUGGCCAUGCAGUCAUGGGUGAACAGGGAGUACAGGAGGGGACUGAGCACGCACCCCUGAGGGGCCCCCGUGUUGAGGAUCAGCGUGGCAGAUGUGUUGUUACCUACCCUUACCACCUGGGGGCGGCCCAUCAGGAAGUCCAGGAUCCCGUUGCAGAGGGAGAUGUUUAGUCCCAGUGUCCUUAGCUUAGUGUUGAGCUUUGAGGGCACUAUGGUGUUGAACGCUAAGCUGUAGUCAAUGAAUAGCAUUCUCACGUAGGUGUUCCUUUUGUCCAGGUGGGAAAGGGCAGUGUGGAUUGCAAUAGAGAUUGCAUCUGUGGAUCUGUUGGAGCGGUAUGCAAAUUGGAGUGGGUCUAGGGUUUCUGGGAUAAUGGUGUUGAUGUGAGCCAUGACCAGCCUUUCAAAGCACUUCAUGGCUACAGAUGUGAAUGCUACAGGUCAGUUGUCAUUUAGGCAGGUUACCUUAGUGUUCUUGGGCACAGGGACUAUGGUGGUCUGCUUGAAAGAUGUUGGUAUUACAGACUCCGACAGGGAGAGGUUGAAAAUGUCAGUGAAGACACUUGCCAGUUGGUCAGUGCAUGCUCAGAGUACACAUCCUGGUAAUCCGUCUGGCCCUGCGGCCUUGUGAGUGUUGACCUAUUUAAAGGUCUUACUCACAUCGGCUACGGAGAGCGUGAUCACACAGUCAUCCGGAACAGCUGAUGCUCUCAUGCAUGCUUCAGUGUUGCUUGCCUCGAAGAGAGCAUAGAAGUAAUUUAGCUUGUCUGGUAUGCUCGGUGGCAGAAACAUUAUGUACAGUAUAAGUCACAAAAAACGCAAAAAAACACACACAAUAGCACAAUUGGUUAGGAGCCUGUAAAUCGUCAGCCAUCCCCUCCGGCGCCAUUAUAGGUACAUAUGGUUCUUCAGAUCUACAACCUCACAGUCUCUAAGAUCAGGUACAUCUGGUUCUUCAGAUCUACAACCUCACCGUCUCUUCUUCUUGCCAAGGCUGACUACUAUGGGUGCAAAAGUCUAAAGUGCCUCCCUCUCCUCUUGUCCUUCAUCUGCACUAAUUGAAAGAACAAGUAAUAAUGGGACAGGUUAAAGCAACAUAGUGGAUCUCUACCAGCCAUGAUUGGACUUUUACCUGUCCAGUCAGUCACCUUGGCCCCUGUCCAGUCAGUCACCUUUUCCCCUGUCCAGACAGUCACCUUUUCCCCUGUCCAGUCAGUCACCUUUCCCCUGUCCAGUCAGUCACCUUUUCCCCUGUCCAGACAGUCACCUUUUCCCCUGUCCAGUCAGUCACCUUUCCCCUGUCCAGUCAGUCACCUUUUCCCCUGUCCAGUCAGUCACCUUUCCCCUGUCCAGUCAGUCACCUUUUCCCCUGUCCAGACAGUCACCUUUUCCCCUGUCCAGACAGUCACCUUUUCCCCUGUCCAGACAGUCACCUUUUCCCCUGUCCAGACAGUCACCUUUUCCCCUGUCCAGACAUUCACCUUUUCCCCCUGUCCAGACAGUCACCUUUUCCCCUGUCCAGACAGUCACCUUUUCCCCUGUCCAGACAGUCACCUUUUCCCCUGUCCAGUCAGUCACCUUUUGCCCUGUCCAGACAGUCACCUUUUCCCCUGUCCAGACAGUCACCUUUUUCCCUGUCCAGACAGUCACCUUUUCCCCUGUCCAGACAGUCACCUUUUCCCCUGUCCAGUCCGUCACCUUUCCCCUGUCCAGUCCGUCACCUUUCCCCUGUCCAGUCAGUCACCAUUCCAAUCAGUGCAGAUGGAGGAAAGGAGACAAGGAAAGGAAGCAGCUUAAUGCUAUUGAGAUUCUCCCUGGUUUAUGACAGUCCUCUCCACACCCAUCCAUAUUGAAUGAUCCCCCACCAUGUGGAUCUGUCUCAGUCCUUUAGUACGUUAGUCACACGUGAUAUCUCAGACACCACUGGCCCGACUUUGACCAAACUUGGUUGAAUGAUGCGUCUUGCCAUAGAGAUCUGGCAUUUACAAAAUGACACUGAUUGGCCCAAGCUAUAGGGGGGCUGCAUCAUUGGUGGGGGACAACAUGUUUACUGUUGCCUUGUUUGAUUUGAGCUCCUGUGUGAUCACUGACCCGUAUCUAUAUUCUCUGUUCCUCAGCUUCGUAGGCCAUUCCCUGGGGAACCUGAUAGUUCGUUCAGUACUGAGCAGACCCAGGUUUAAAUGUUACCUGAGCAGACUUCACACCUUCCUCUCGCUGUCUGGACCUCACCUGGGCACCCUGUACAACAGCUCUGCUCUGGUCAACACGGGUAUGUUUCUACACUAUACCCUCUACACUAUGUCUCACUGGGAUUUUUCUGAAUCGGACAAAUAUCCUACCUCAUUAGAUUUAUUUCAUUCGUGCUCACAGUCGGCUCUGCUGACAGUGUGUUUGCCAGAUGCCGGAUAAAAGGCCAUUUUUAAACUGACUAAGAGAAUGAGUAACAACUGGUGAAUAGUGGCUUAUAGAUAGGUGUCAGUCAGUCAGGUGGCUAGCUGCCUGGAGAGGCUUCUAUUGCAGUAAAGCUGAAGGGCUCUGGCUAGUAUUACUUAGAAGGAUGAAGUAAGAAGCUAACAUUUAAACCGCACCUACCUCAGCAGGAGCAAAAAAUAGGCCAGUAAGUUGUAAUAACUUUGCUUUACAGAGAGUAGGCUGCUGAGCCAGACAGUGAUGAGGCUGAGGCAGGCUACAAUGCUUGGAGGAGGAAGCAGAGGAGACGUUUAGACAACACUUUAAAAACAAGAUACAACAUUCAAUUUAAAAAGCUCCUAGCUUAAUUUUUUAAAAAUGUAUGUGUACUAUUCCUGGCAAGCUUACUGUGAAAAUGUUUCAGGUAUAUUUUCCUUUAACUAAGGUCAAGGAAGCAAGGGAAUGUCUUGCUCUCCCCUGGUUGUCUUCUAACCCCUGUAUUCCUCCUUCCUCCCAGGCCUGUGGUUCAUGCAGAAGUGGAAGAAGUCUGGCUCUCUGCUACAGCUGACCUGCAGAGACCACUCUGAUCCCAGACAGACCUUCCUCUACAAGCUCAGCAAGAAAUCUGGUGAGCUGAGCAGAGUAAAGAUCAUUGUUGUUGAUGUUUUUUUACAAUGCAGUUUGUUACAUUGUUAACGCCUUGUAUCAAUCUGUUCUCUCUUAAAUGAAGCUUGUUGUUUUACGAUGCCGUCUGUUGUUACAUUAAUAGCUAUGCUGUGUCAAUGUAUUGUGGCAGGUCUGCAUCACUUCAGGAACGUGGUGUUAGUCGGCUCUCUGCAGGAUCGGUACGUCCCAUAUCACUCAGCCAGGAUAGAGAUGUGUAAGACAGCCCUGAAAGACAAACAAACAGGUGAGCCCGACAUAUUUCUCAGAGCAGGCCACAAAGAUGUGUCCUACAGGACAUUGGUUCACACUGUAGACAAGCUACUGGACCAAACACUUGAGCCUGGUUCCUGUCGCUGCUGCUUGGGGUUUGCUAGGCCGGGUUACAGUAAAACACUUUGUGACAACUGUUGAUGUCCAAAUGGCUUUAUGAAUAUAUUUGAUUGAUUGAUUGAUUCUUGAUUGUUGUCAUGAAUGGCUCAGUUGGUAGAGCAUGGCGCUUGCAACGCCGGGAUUGUGGGUUAGAUUCCAGGACCACCCAUACGUAAAAUGUAUGCAUACAUGACUGUAAGUCGCUUUGGAUAAAAGCGUCUGCUAAAUGUCAUUAUUAUCAUUAUUAUUAUUAUUAUUAUUAUUAUUAUUAUUAUCAUUUAUCAUUAUUAUCAUUGUUAUUAUUAUCAUUAUUAUUAUUGUUAUCAUUAUUAUUAUUAUCAUUAUUAUUAUUAUUAUCAUUAUUAUAAUUUUUGUUAUCGUCAUUAUUAUUUUUAUUAUUAGCAUUAUUAUUCUUAUCAUUAUCAUUCUUAUCAUUAUUAUUUGUAUUAGUAUUAUUAGCAUUAUUAUUAUUAUUAUGAUCAUCAUAUUUUAUUUUAUCGGUAUUAUUAUUAUCGGCAUCAUUAUUAUUAUCAUUAUUAUUAACAUUAUCAUUAUUAUUAUCAUUAUCAUUAUCAUUUAUCAUUAUUAUUUUAAUUAUUAGCAUUAUUAUUCUUAACAUUAUUAUUAGCAUUAUUAUUUGCAUUAGCAUUAUUAUUAUUCUUAUCAUCAUUAUUAUUAUUAUCAUUAUUAUCAUUAUUAUUAUUCUCUCGGUCUUGCCUUUUUUCUCUCACUCCCUUUCUAUCUCUCUCUCCCCCUCCCCGUCUCCCAGGUUCAAUGUAUGUAGAGAUGAUAGAGAACCUGUUGCUGCCGGUGCUCCAGAACAGAGACUGUAACCUGGUGCGUUACGAUGUCAUCCACGCCCUGCCCAACACCGCCAACUCCCUGAUUGGCCGAGCAGCACACAUCGCCGUCCUCGACUCAGAGAUCUUCCUGGAGAAGUUCUUCCUGGUCGCAGGCCUCAAGUUCUUUCAG